AUGUUUUGUGCCCCUUAUAGUUGCACUUUUCUGAGCGUACUUACCCUCUUUGUCAAUAUUUUCCCCGUAGCAGUUACCUCCUUUGUGAUAAAGCAGCAAAGGGGCAUUCUAACAAGGGGGAACUACAUACAUAGGAAAAGCAUUCCACAAAAUUUUAGCAUUUGCAGGCAUAGCAACAACUACGUAGUCAAGGACACAAACAGGUAUGACCGGAAACACAAACACAAUUUGAAUUGGCAUUUGGGGAGGCGAAAUGACUGGGUAGCUAAUAGUUGUGUGGGCAAGAGGAGGAUCAGAUUGUACAUAUGCAGCAACCCCCUUCGUACGAAAAGGAGAGACAGAAAUGAGAAAUUAAACCUGGACCAGUUGUCCAAUUUCGAGCGUAGCCCAUCAGAAGAGGAGUGCAAAUCGGAGCUAAGAGAGGAAAACGAAGAGAAAAUCACGAGCCACACUUCGUCGCUAAGUGGCGUGAUCAAAAAGACAAACGGGGACGCCAUGAAAUCGCGCGAUGAUGCUGCGAAACAAGUCCACAAUGUAGACGGAAAGGAUUCCUACCCGGAAGAUAGCCACCUACCUGUUCAGCCAAAUUUGAACAAAACAGAGAAGCAAAAAAUUAUUCUCAUUAUCGGAGUAACAUGUAGUGGCAAGACAAAGUUUAGCAUAGACUUAUGUGAAGAACUAUUGAAGAGUAAUGUAGAGAGCGAAAUAAUUAGUGCUGAUUCUAUGCAGGUUUAUCAAAAUUUCAAAGUAGGGAUAGCCAAAGUAGAGGAAGAGGAAAAGAGGGACAUAAGACACCACCUCUUGGAUGUGUGCGGACCUAAGGAAGAGUUUAAUGUCCAUAAAUUUAUUAGCCAUACGAUACCCAUGAUCCGUAGCAUAAGUGAGAGUAACAAAUUGGCCAUCGUUGUUGGAGGUACAUUGCUUUACAUCGAGUCGUUGCUGUGGGAAUCUGUGGUAGACUUGGAAGAAGCGCAUAGCAAAACAGAUCAAGAUAAAGGAGGAAAAAGUGGAACGAAUCCGUAUGAGCAGAUGACAAAUGAAGAACUACAUGCAGAGCUAAAAAGGGUAGACGAAGAAAGAGCCAAUCAGUUGCACCAAAAUGACAGGAAAAGAAUUUGUAGAAGUCUAGAGAUUUUCUACUCAUACAAUAAGAAACAUAGUGAACUAAUAAAAAUGAGAAACCACAAGAAUAAUCAUUUCGAUGGGACAAGAUAUGCCCCCUGCGUGUUUUAUCUGGACUACAGCAAUGAUGAUGUGCUACGAGGAAAUAUCGAAAAGAGAGUCGACAAAAUGAUUUCGAAUGGACUCCUGGACGAAGCCAUCAAAUUGAAAGAACUAAAUGAGAAUGGAAAUAUCAAGCUGUUUGGAAAGGGGAUUAACCAAAGCAUUGCAUACAAAGAGUUUGAUACGUACAUCGAAAAAAAAAUUAACAAUGUUAGUAAUGAAGAUUUAUUCAAUUUGUGCAAAGAAAACUUAAUUAGAAAAACGUAUAAGUAUGCGAAGCGGCAGAGAAGGUGGAUAUUAAACAGAUUUGUAAAAUGCUAUAACAUCCCGCUCAACAGGAUAGACGUAUCGCGCGACUACGCCCAGCAGCUGGCUGAAGCGGUGCGAACGGUGCUGAAAUUCUGCCGCAGUUGA